UUGUUCAUUUUGCUGCUUAUGCUCCCAACAGAGUAUAUGACCCUUAUCUACGGAAAGAAACACGCAGCUGUCACAGUGGAUCUUUCCAGUGAAACGUCGCUUUACUGUUAAUUCCGAACCUUUUCCACCUCCUGUGACCGAGAGAGACGGAGAGAGGGACGUCAUUGGCGGAGAGCAGCAGCGGUCCGCUUAUAAAUAACACGCCCACAGACGCGGGUCCCGAAGAAUCCACGGAGCGACCAGGACCCGUUUACGAGCAUGGCUCUACCGGAACGUCCCAAGGCAGUUCGGCUGGUGUUCCUCGGUGCCGCCGGGGUCGGGAAGAGCGCGCUCAUCCACCGCUUCCUCCGCAACCGCUUCGAGCACAAAUACAAGCCCACGGUGGAGGAGCUCCACGUGCUGGAGUGCGACGGCGCCGGCGCGGCCAAGGUGAGGCUGGAGAUCCUGGACACGAGCGGCAGCUACUCCUUCCCCGCCAUGCGGCAGCUCUGCAUCCGCCACAGCGACGCCUUCGCGCUGGUCUACGCCGUGGACGACCCGGCCUCCUUCGAGGAGGUGCGGCGGCUGCGCGACGAGAUCCUGGAGGUGAGGGACGGCAAGCGCGCGCCCAUCACGGUGGUCGCCAGCAAAGCGGACCUGACGGAGGGCGAAGGUCGCGCGCUGCCGGCGGCCGAGGCCAUGGCCACGGCGGAGGACGAGUGGGGCGCCAGCUUCGUGGAGGCGUCCGCGCGCACCGGCGCUAACGCCGUGGGAGUGUUUCGCGCGCUGCUGCAGCACGUGGACCUGCCGCCGCUGCGGAGCCCCGUGGUGGUGAGGCGCAGAAACACGGUACCAAGACUCGGAGCCAAGAAGAGGACGCCGCUGAAGAAGAGCAACAGCUGCGUCCUGUCCUAGGACGACGCAGCUGGACUGCAUGUUCAGAAGAGACUCAAAGCCAGUAAUUUUUAUAUAUAGUAUUGAUCGAUUUAUGCUCAAUGUGUAUUUAAUGUGCAUUUUAUGCCAAUAAAAUAUAUAUUUUUA